AUGAGUUCUUGGGACGAUCAGGAUUUUUUCAUGAGAUUCCGUCUUCAGAAAAGCACUGUUUUGAUGGUCCUAGAAAUUAUUCGGCCUGAUUUAGAUGUCGAUGAAACAAGAUCACGACACAUCUGUCCGUUUGUGCAACUAAUGAUCGCUCUUCGAUUUUAUGCAUUAGGAUCAAUGCAGAUUGCUAUUGCAGACUUUGCCGGCGUUUGUAUUUCAUCUGUAUGCCGUAUUAUACGACGUGUUUCUCUUGCGUUAGCUAAGCUACGCCAACGCUUUAUAAUGAUGCCGAAAACGCAAGAUGAGCUACAUACUGCAAGUCGUGAUUUCUAUGCCAUUGCAAGAUUUCCGCGAACUAUUGGUGCAAUUGAUUGUACACACAUUAAAAUACAAUCACCUGGAGACAAUCAAGCCGAAAAUUAUAGAAAUAGAAAAUCAUGGUUCUCACUCAAUGUACAAACAGUUAGUUCGGCGAACUUAAAAGUUUUGAACAUAGUCGCUAGAUGGCUUGGUGCAUCUCACGACCAACAUAUUUUCAACAGUUCAUUAUUAAAGAUGCAGCUUGAAUGGGGAGAUUUCGGACACUAUUUAAUCGUAGGAGAUUCUGGUUAUCGUAAUACUAACUAUUUAGCCACACCUUUUCUUAGAUGCAAAACGCCAUUUGAAACUCUCUACAAUGAAAGCCAAAUCCGAACCCGGAAUGUUGUGGAGCGUUCAUAUGGAGUUAUGAAGCGACGAUUUCCAGUACUGGCUCUAGGAAUGCGUUUUAAAAUAUCAACUGUUCAACUCGUUAUUGUAGCUUGUGCAGUGUUGCAUAAUAUUGCUAUUGAUGUCAAGGAAGAGGAGCCUCCGACAGAAAUUGAAGGAUUCGAAGAAAUGCUAGUUGCCAUUGCCGUUCCUGGUAAUGCAAACGUAGAAAGGAGCACAAUUGGUUGCGUUCGAGAUUAUUUAGUUCAAAAUUAUUUUUCACAGUUGUGA